CCACCAUGCCACCCCCGAACCAGCGGCGCCGUGCGCGCGGCGGGCGAAACCGUGGCGGCGGCGAUGGUGCCGGUCCCGGUACCAGCUCCGGUGGUGGCGCAACGGAAGCGAACGCGCUCGGCGCGAGCACGAGCACGGCCGACACGACCUGGAGCGGCAGCCCUGGAAAGAGCGCCGUCGAGCUCUACAAGGAUGCGCAGGCGGCGAGUGCCGAGCUCAAGAGCCUGAUGCAGAGCCAGCCGCCGUGGACGCGAGAGGCGGAUGCCGUGCGGCAGCGUGCGCGCAACACCUACCUCGCCGUGCUCUUCCAGCACCCGCUCUCGCCGCAUGCACAGACGCUCGACAGCCUGUGGCUCAACACUACAUACACGCUAAUCCAGGCGUACCGCGACGUCGUGGGGCGCGUCGAGGCGUCCCUCCCCCCGCGCAAGGGCAAGGACAGCGCAGACCUGCGCCGCACCCUCGCGCGCUUCCGGCAGGCGCUGGGUGCCGAGGACGCGUUUUACCGCGGCCUCAUUGGGCGGAUCGUCGCGUUCUACCGCUUGCAGGAUCGUGCGGCGGACCACCUCGCGCUGGCGGGUGUGCCCGUCCCCGAGGCGGAGGAGGGCGACGAGCCGCCCCUGUCGCGCGAGGAGGCGGAGAAGAAGCUCGGGCUCGUGUACAAGGGUCUCAUAUGUCUCGGCGACCUCGAGCGCUACAAAGAGCAGUACUCGGAGAAGGCGCGUAGAGAUGCGCGCGACGGUGUGGCGCAGCGCGACGCGAAAUUCGACCGCGCCGUCAUGUACUAUGAGGUGGGGCGGGGACUGCAGCCGGACAAUGGCAUGGCGUUUAAUCAGCUCGCCGUGAUAGACGGAUACCUGGGCGACCACUUCCACUGCACAUACCACUACUUCCGGGCACUGGCGGUGCGCCAGCCCUUCCCGGGUGGCGAGGUGAAUCUCGAGCGCGUGCUCAAACGCGCAUUUGACCGGUGGCGAGUGGCGCGUCACGAAGGCGACGCCUCGCCGGCUGACGGCCUCGAGGCCUUCCGCCGCGAUCUGCUGGUUAUCUGCGCCAUCCUGUUCCUGAAGGCCAGCACGUCCCAUGUGUCACACAUGAGCAACGUACUCUGCGAACAGUUUGCACGUAGCUUGCGCGCACGCAAGCUUCCCUCGGAGACGAUUGUCAAGACGACGGCCAUGGCCAUCGGCUCGCACUGGUACUGCCGCUUGGACGCGAGCCGCGGCGGCCCCGCAGCGGGUGCGGAUCCGGCCGAGACCGCCAAAGCCGAGCGUCGGCGGUUGGUCGAGGAUCUCAGCCUGCGCUUCCUGUUCACUGUUUACACUGCGCUCGUAAGCGUGACCGCCGUGGAGGUGGAGGAAGCGCUGGCCGCCAGAGCAGGAGAAGACGAGAGUGCCAUCGCAGACGAGGACGACGAUGAUGUGGACACUGUCCUCGCCCUCGCGGCCAGAAUUACAGCCGUGGUGCGCCGCAUUCUUCCGAGUCUGCGCAUCAUGAGCCGCUGGCUCAAGAGCCACCUCGAGUAUGUGAACCGCGCGGCUCACGGUUCCAACCCCGAGCUGCGGAGCACUAUUGAGACUUUCUGGACCGAGUACAAGCGCCUCAUGCUGGGCCUCGCGCGCCUCUUCCCACUCGUACAGCUGCCGAGCCUCGACGGACCCCUGGAGGAGGACGUGGACAUGCGCGGCUUCCUACCCUUGCGUCGCGGUAAUGCAGAGGAGAGCGUUGAGCCGCAGCGCGCCGACGUACACCCAAACGAGGAGCAGCUCAUGCGGAUCGCCGAUCUCCUCGUCGACGUCAAGCUGCUGAUGCAGACUGAAGCAGGCGCGUCGGUGCUCAGCGAUGGCUUCCCGAGCGCGCCGUUUGUGGCCGGCAACAGCGAGACGGCGAGUGUCAGCGUCGCAGAGACGGAGGACGACCCGGUCAACCUCGCGAUGCGGGCGGGGCUUAUGGAGGGCAGUACGGUAGACGAUAGCGGCGACGACGAGGUGAUCAUGUGGGAGAGGACCACGUCGAUAGUGGAGCAGUCAGCGCGACUUGGCGCGCAUGGUCCGCAGACCACUACGGCGCAGGAUCUCCUUCAGAACCUCUCGCUCGCACCACACCCACCUCCCGGUAGUGGCAACAACGCACUUCCUGCGCCCAUGCUCUUCGGUGGUGACGGCGGCAGCAUCUGGGCAAUGAGCCGCGAGGAGUCGCAGAAGGGUGCACAGCGUGCGCAGCGCACCACCCACGCCCACGCCGUGCCGUGGCAGAGCGAGAAUCAGCAAGGGCACAGGCUAUCCAACCCCGCGAUCUUCGAGUUUGCCCAGCCGCCACAGGCGCAACAAGCACCACAGGCGCAGGCGCAGCAGUACGGACACCACGGGGGAUCGUACUACCAACAGUACGCUGGGGCACAUGCGGCUGCGCACCCCUCCAGUGCGUGGUCGACGCCUGCACCCGCCCAGCAGAGCCAGCUGCCGCACUCGGGACAGCACGCCCAGCCAUCGUUGUACUCUAGUCAGUCGGGGCAGCACUCUGCUCAGCACUCUGGCCAGCACUCUGCUCAGCACUCCGGCCAAAACUCGGCCCCCCACUCUGCCCCUCACUCGGGUCAGCAUUCCGGUCAACACUCGGCCCCACACUCUGGCCAACCGACACCGCAUUCCGGCCAACACUCGGCCCCGCACUCAACGCAGCCCUCCCCGCCGUCAUGGCGCCCGCGCCCGGCGACGCAGUCCCAGAACAUUUGGGGCCCGCCCGAGGGAGGCAGUAUCUGGAGUGGCGGGCAACGCACGGCCAGCUCCGCGGGCUGGGGCUACCGUCCCGGGUAGCACGAGCUCAGCGCCAAUCAUGGAGCAUCUGACGGGAGCAGGUAUCUCGGCGCGGCUGAUCCUUCGUACGAGCCGCGAGACAGCGAGGGGGACGCUGCACGCCGAGGCAGACCCUUCUUGCGCGAUAUCAGGCCCACUUAGCGAGGGUAAGAGGCGUGAGAACGUGAGCGAGCGAAGGGACGUGAAGCGUCGAUCAGAUCGUGAGAUGUGAGACUUGGAUGGUGAUGCAGCGAGUGGAGAUGUGUG